AUGAAAGCUGUCCUCAUCCAAGGUGCUGAACAGCGCUCAGCUGCAUUUUGCUACCAGGUAAAUGGGUCAUGUCUUAGGACAGUGCAUCCUCUGGGCAUCCAGUUGGUCAUCUACACGGCCUGUGCAGUAGGCAUGUUGAUUAUAGUCCUAGGGAAUUUAUUUGUGGUAUUUUCCGUGUCCUACUUUAAGGCCCUUCACACACCCACCAACUUCUUGUUGCUCUCCUUGGCUUUGGCUGACAUGUUGCUGGGCCUACUUGUGUUGCCUCUCAGCACCAUUCGUUCUGUGGAGAGCUGCUGGUUCUUCGGGGACUUCCUCUGCCGUCUGCAUACUUAUUUGGACACGCUCUUCUGCCUCACCUCCAUCUUCCAUCUCUGUUUCAUUUCCAUCGACCGCCACUGUGCCAUCUGUGAACCCCUGCUUUAUCCCUCCAAGUUCACUGUCAGAGUGACCCUCAGGUACAUCCUGGCAGGGUGGGGGGUGCCAGCAGUUUACACUGCAUUCUUACUCUAUACUGAUGUAGUAGAGAGAGGGCUCAGCAAGUUGCUCGAAGAGAUGCCAUGUGUGGGCAGUUGCCAGCUGCUGUUCAAUAAGUUUUGGGGUUGGUUAAACUUCCCCAUGUUCUUCUUCCCCUGUCUCAUCAUGAUCAGCUUGUAUCUGAAGAUCUUUGUGGUUGCUACCAGGCAGGCACAACAGCUUAGCACUUUAAGCAAGAGCUUGGCAGGGGCUGCCAAGCGUGAGAGAAAAGCUGCCAAGACACUGGGCAUUGCUGUGGGCAUAUAUCUCUUGUGCUGGCUCCCUUUCACAGUGGACACAAUGGUUGACAGCCUCCUGAACUUCAUCACACCGCCGCUGCUAUUUGACAUUUUUAUCUGGUUCGCUUACUUUAAUUCAGCCUGCAACCCUAUUAUCUAUGUCUUUUCUUAUCGGUGGUUCAGGAAGGCACUGAAACUCAUCCUGAGUCGGAAGAUCUUUUCCCCACGGACAUCCACUAUUGAUCUAUACCAAGAAUGA